AUGCUACGCCAGUAUCAGCAAAUCACGGCUUUUUACAGCCUGGAAUGCGCUGGCAGUUCCCUGACACCUGGUUCCCUGCCAGCAGAUGCGCUCGCGCUCCCGCUGGGUUUACAAGUAGUGGGCAUGGCUGCCAAUCAUCAUUCUCGUCCUUCUGACCCCUGCUGGAAUGUUGUUGUUGUUGUUAUUGGUCCAAAACCUAGCCAUUUGAUGUGUGGACCAGGGGAUACGGAGUGGAACAUCAAGGCGCGGACCCGACGUCGCCAUCCACCUGCGUCCUCCCCCGCCUUCAGUUUAUUUAGCAAUGCCUUGACACGGGGUCCAGGUUGGGAGUGGGAAGGAGAGAGUGUGGAAGAUGUUGCGCAAGUCAUCGUGCCUGCUUCGCUUUUCAGCGGAACACAUGGUGCACAUCGCGUGUGUAUUAGAGCUCUGGGCCAGCGGGAAAAUCGACCACCUAAUCCUACGGCGAUGCGCUCGGUCGCUUUUGAAACGUCCUUUAUGUGUGGUAGAACAUGCCACAUCAAUGAUGGUGUUUUUAGCGGGGUCCUCAGAAAAAAUACACGUAAAAAUCGGCUUAUAAAUGCAUUUGGAUAGCCAUUCCACAUAAACUGAUCGCGAAGGUAUCAGGCCUCACUUUCUUUCUCUCCGGGGUUGCUGCGGCGAAUCUGGGCUACUUCUAUGUGCUCUCUCACGCAGCAUCUUUGUCAAACUACCAAGUGGUUGUUGUAAAAACUGAGAAGUUACAUGGUGUUUCUUGUCCUUCUGUUAAACAUGGUCUCUAUAUUGUCGUCUGGUAUUGCUUGGCGAGCACAUCAAGGAAUGGCAGCUGCUGCUCCUGCUUUUCUUCCCUCGUAAAUUAUAAAUUAGGCGAGACUGAGUUGAGCAGAUAAUGGGAAUACUGCGGCAUAUUCUUCUUGACGAUAAUAUACGUGUCGUCAAGGUAACGACGCUAAAAAGCCGGCUCAUGUUGGCCUAAUACAGUCUUUUCUGUCUAUUUCAGGGCCAGUUCUACUACUUAGCCGGUGAUCGGAAACCCAUUGGCGUUCCUUUUGUCUGCUCUAAAGAUUCUCCCGCAGAGAUGAGGUCGGUUUUUUGGCAAAAUUUAUGAAGCCGGCUCUGGCCUCCAACGUAUGCCUCCUGCAGCUUGUUUGUGAAAUAUUUCAUACGCCAAAUUUGACGCGACGAAUUUGAAUAACGAAGUUGCAUCGAAAGAGACCAUGACUUCGGCCGUUUGAAUCCUCCGACCUCGAGGAUCUGCAAGGGACUGUGAAUCAGGUCGGAAUGAGUUUGUGGUGAGGUACCUGACUAAUUUACCUUUGACAAUUCAGUCCCAUUUCCUUUGACCGCAUUGCUUGUUUGAAUGUGACGAGAAACGACACACCUGUACAACCCGCCGUGCUAGCGUGCUCUGCUGUGGUAUUCUGUUGUCAGUUUUCUUAACGUUCAAAAACCUCUAUAUUAUUCACUGCUCCGAUUUACUUGCUGCAUUUAAGGCUAGGGGCUCGUGAGAUAUAACUCGUUAGUUCGUGAGAACAUUACCAUUUACGACAAGUUAGCCUACGAGGAACUUCGGUACAUCGAGCAUCUUCAUUUUACCAAAUUAUAGAUGGAGCUGCCUCUUGGAGCAAAGACUUGCCGCAGUGGAAAAUUUGAUUUGUGGAAAACUCAGACAAAAAAAUGAUGGCUACGACGAUCGAUUACUAUUGUUUGCCAAGGCUAAAACAUAAUUAAAAAUUAAUUCGGAGACGAUAGCAUGCGGUCCACUAAUCAGUUGUCUUUUACGCUGUCUAUGCCCAUUUGCUACUUCAUGCGGCAGCAUUCAUCCUAACUGCUACAACCGUUUGAAUAUUUUAAGCUCUCCGUGUCUCGGCCAAUCACCUUCCAUCGUAAUUUGGCCCGUGGUAGACUUCCGAGCGUAGUUUAGCCAGUCGGCAGGCCGAAAGCGCAGACUGAGUUACAGAACGAGAGCUGUGCUCUAGCUCAGUCCUUCCUUUCUCGUUUCCAUCAGCUAUGUCACCUGACACUAACUAUUCCUUAAGGAGCUAAUGGUAACUUCCCUUUCGAUAAAACCCUGCAUAUUAGUUGCGCGUAGGUCUAUAUCAAGGUCAUAUCAAACAUGCAUACAACUAUAUCAGCUCAUAGUAAACAGUCGAUCACCAAUCCUAUAAUCUCACAUUCACAAGAAAGAUAUGGUACAUGACAGCUUUGAUUGUGACUUACCAUUGAAUGUUUCUAACUCCUGAUAUAUAUAUUCAGCUUUUCCAGAUCUCAGUCCAAACGAUGUGACAAGCCUCCUUAAAAACACGAACCAAAUGUGCGGUCGCCCCUUAGCAGCUGCUCAGAUAGACGGACAACCGGCAACUAGAAGACACCCUCGACAGUAAUUUCGAAGUCGAGCCGAUGUCAAAGUUUUUCAAUAUCCAUGAAGGACACAUUAUUCAUGCCCCGAAAACUAACAAAGUGCACAUCUCAAUUUUUGUAUUGUGCAUAUCGUUCUUUUUUAAAACUUUGGCGAUUAUUUUGCCUUGGAACUCGGGCUUUUUAACUUAAAACAAACUCAUAUUGACCCAAUUGUAAAAAAAACUCGGCGCCUUGGUGGGAUUCGAACCCACGACAGCAAGGUGGAGGCUUUAGUACAUCCAACGAUCUAACCACCUUAGCUACGAGGCCCCGCUGGACGACUCGAGUUUAAUCACAUUUGAGUCAACUUGCCCGCCCAACCUACUUCAACGUCUGGAACCCACCAAAUCCGAUACAAUAAGUUGACUGCCCAAGCAGGAUUUCCUAAGUAAUUCACCUAGAAUCCACCAGAUGACUACCAGGCUCAUGUAAUUCAUAGAUGUUUUGGCAGAUCUUAAAUAAUUAAUAUUGACCCAACUGUGAAAAACUCGGCGCCUCGGUGGGAUUCGUGAUUAAAACUCGCGUCGUCCGGUGGGGCCUCGUAGCUCAAGUGGUUAGAACAUUGGCUGUACUGAAGCCUUCCCCUUACUGAGUGGGUUCGAAUCCCGCCGAGACGCCGGGUUUUUCGCAGUUAGGUCACUAUGAAUUAUUCAAGAUCUGUCAAAACAUCUAUGAAGUAAAACAAACUCUCAAUUCGCGCUCUCUUGGCUAAACAGCCACCCAAAAAUGAAGUCGAAGUGCAGUCGAAAUGAAUGAGUUUGUGGUAGGUCUUCUUCCGAUUUCAAAGGGUAUUGACAAUGCCCAAGAGGCCCUAUAAUAAACCUAUUCUAUUCUAUAUCUACUCGGGUAUCCAGCCGUCCACAUCGGUGUUAUAUCCAACCAGGUUUGGAUGAAAUGACCGGCCGGGCAUUUUAUCUUUGAGUGGCCUCAGCACAUGGCUGGACCCCUACAGGCCCCAGCCCCCAAUUUUAUUAGAAGUGCGAGAAGGGUUUAACUGACCAAUCCCUUUUAAGAGCCACAGUACAGUCGUUCUGUUGAGAUGUGAUCGAAGAGACGACUUCAACGAAUGUGGUACAUACGCCGUUGAUUAAAUACACCCCGUAGACGGGAUGUUCAUUAUUUGCGUUACGGAACCCGCCCGCCCCAAUGUGCCGUUGUGCCCUGCCAAAACCUUACGGCGGCACGUAAGAUCGGCAGAAUAACGCACUCGGUGAGAGUCCCUCUAGCACCGUUAGUAUACUCAAUCGUAAUCGUCAGGAAAAUGAGCCCGCGGUUUAAUAGUUAGGGCAUUGGACUUCUAACCAAUGGGUUGCGAGUCCAGCCCCGAGGUUGCAAACCUCGCGGUGGGGUAUGGCUGGCUGGUGACGGCCAACAGGCCCAAAGUAACCAUUUCAGUCUCCUCUGACUUUGUUGGCAAUGUUAUUUUACCGGACACGCCUGUCACUGUCUGAGCUUGACAACUGGUUCGGUCCCUUCCACCCUCCCUCUAUACGAAGGGCAAGGAGGCUGUAACUGACCGAUUCUCUUCACAGACGUCUCUUCGUCUGACAUGCAGUCAAAGAGAUGAUUUCAAAGACGUCGAAUGAACACAUCCAGGCAAAUGAUCAGUUCGUAGUGCACCGUUCAUGCCCCAUAUCCACAAAAGACGGACUACUCUCAACAUGGAAUACCAGCUGAUUUCACGCCCAAUGAAGAAAUUUAUGCGCCGUCGGGUUAGGUCUGUAUGAACUCUCAAGUAAUUCGAUGAUUGUUUUAAUUCCCUUUUUCCCAUUAAGUAGAAUUGAAAGAUUUUUUAAGGACCUAUGAUCAAAUCAAAUGCAGCUAAGCGGAAGGGGGGUGUGAACUCAGAGCGCUGCAAUCAUUAGGCCAAGUCCACUGUUGUAGGCGAAGGCUAAAGUAGCCAGAUUGAGAGGCUUGUUCUAUACACAACCCUGAUUUGUCCUCUCAGACGACAGGGGCCGCUGGCGAAGCCAGCGCUGGUGAUAACUACUGCGUCCAGUCGUGCCUGAAAGUUACUGAGACAAUGGCGGCCACUGCCUUUGGAGGUUUAAGGGACAAGCUCAAGUGGUGUCCAAUUUGUGUGUGUAUGCCCUCCAAACGGGCCACGUGUUAGAUGCGCUGGACCAACACGGGGGCCACACCGGAUUCUGGCAGGCGCUAUCUGUGCGCAAUAGCAAAUCCCAACAUGUAGGGGGUGCGCUGGCAGUCCCUGUUGUCGACAGCCGUCGCACAACUCGGCUCACUGCCACGCCCUCCAUUGUUGUGCGGUAAAAUCCUGGUUAUUUGUUGUGUGGACCAGGGGGUGUGGUGGAACGCCAAGAUGAGGAUCCGUCCGAGCCAUCCACCUGCAGCCUCCCUCGUCGCCGGUCUUCUUGACUCUGUCUUGACACCUGGCUCAGGCGGGGGAGGAGGAGAGAGUAUAGGUAGAUGCAGCGCAACCGCGCCCAUUCCCCACUCCAGUCUACUGACCGGCUCGGACAGUGGCUGGGGUGUGGGAAUGGGAAGGGAGAGUGAGGUCGACGACUCAGCGCAUUUUCCUCACUAUAAUCAAUCUGACGCGCUUGAAGCUAUCACGGUGCGCUAAAAGCCGUGGCUUGGAAGGUUGCCAACUGACGGGGUACCUUGGACCUCCUCCUUAACGGGAGGCGGUCUGAGAGUCAGGCUGCAAUGGCUCCUUUUUAAUGUGGCCUUUAUGGCAUUCCCACCUCAGUGUGGGAUCCGAGCCAGGCGUUGGCGGCACGCCCAGGUGCGGCUUCGGCCGUGCCAGCCUCCAAAUCUCUGUUGUGUUGGUUGAAAUCCUGGUUAUUGUUGUGUGGACCAGGGGGUGUGGUGGAACGCCAAGGUGAGGAUCCGUCCGAACCAUCCACCUGCGGCCUCCCUCGUCUCCGGUCUUCUUGACUCUGUCUUGACACCGGACCCAGGCGGGGGAGGAGGAGAGAGUGUAGGUAGAUGCAGCGCAAGUCUACCCGCACUAUAAACCCCUGCGCAAGUCACCGUCCCUGCUCCCACCUGCUGUGGAGCACACGGUGGACAUCGUCGAAAUCGACGGUCGAACUGUCAGAUGCAGCGCAAGUCUACUGGCACUAUAAAUCCCUGCGCAAGUCACCGUCCCUGCUCCCACUGCUGCUGCUGCAGCUGUGGGGCACACGGUGGACAUCGUCGAAAUCGACGGUCGAACUGUCGUGUGUGUGUGUGUGUGUGUGUUUUUGUGUUGCAUUUGCUGAGGGGUAGUGUUUAAGUGGCGCAUGAGCUACUGCGAUUCUGUGGACGCAUGUGUGUUCAAGCUGAGGUCGUUUGAGUGGCUGCAGGUCGGCUUGUCUGGAAUCGCUCGCUGCGAAGUCGAAUGACCUUGAGGUUUUGAACAAGGACACCAGACCUGGCCAUGAUGGCCGUCAGCAAAAAACCUACUUCCGCCGCAUUCCGAUUGUCCAAAACAAAGUAUGCUGCAUUUCUGCGAAGGAGCGCGCCAGAACUGUAAUGCGUUUAGCGUAGUCAACACCCUUAACGAGGGGGCCACGAUCGACCGUAACACCAGAAUCAACCCACUGCGCUUUUUGAAGAGUCCAGUUCAUCAGGCAGUUGAAGAGAACUGUUGGCAAAAAGCAACCCUGAUGGGACAUCGAAACUUCACCCUGCUCAAUACUCACGCGGACUUGUGUCCAUGUUUGGUGUCAGCAUGCUUCAAAUCGGGUGGCGAGUGUUAAGGCAGCGUCCAGAAUUGCAGGAAGUCAAAGUGGAUAACAAUGUCGAAGGCAAAGUUACAGCCCAAAACCGGACGGAGGUAGCGGUGGCUGUUGCAACUUGGAUGCGUAUAAAGAUUAUUAUGCGGAACCAAAGCAACUGGGAAACGUAGCUGACGGUGAUUUUGUUAGAUUAAAUGUACGCAUGCCAAUCCUGAUGUCCGACCGGUUAGAUAUCCUCUGAACACAGGAAGUUCAUCUCAGGAUCAUGUGGCAGUCUGCGCCUCUUUGUUCCCCGCCGUUUUGUCAUGCCGAUCUUCUGUUUGCGCCAUGCUUCCUGUCGAUUCACUACUGGCACUGCGCAAGGCUUGUCGCUGGCCCCGCGUGUUCUCCAGGCCAAUCAACGCUGUCCCCUCUCUGAUUGGCUUGCAGACAAUGCGACAGAGCGAAAGGCACACACACGCGCUGGGGGCUAAUAACAUCAACGGCAAGCACAGGAGAGCCAACAGCUGGCGCCAACCGCCUGCCUAUCCUCUUGUGCAGUCUUACGUAUCAGUAAAUAGCAACGAUAGUGUGUAGGAUCCCCCAACUAACUUGAGCCAGCCUGUGGACUGUGUGAUACGUUGAAUGGCGGCAGAGGGGAUUUUAAGGAUGGGGCAACACACUGGACGGAGAGCAAGGAGACACAGAAAAUAGAUAAAUUUCUACCGAAAAUCUUAUCAUGCGCCGUCAUUUGGCAAAGAAGGUGAGCGCGAUAAUGGAGAAAUAAACGAAAGGCAAUUUUCAAAAAAUAAUUGACUUUGAAUAGAGCGCCGUUAAUAAAUUUGCGUUUGGUCAGGCAAUAAAGGGAGUUCCAAAAAAAUGGGAACGGCGGACAAUAAAUGGCGUUCGGAAGAAGAAAAUGAUGAUUAUGAUGAUGAUGCUGAUGGUGAUGGUGAUGGUGAUGAUGAUGAUGAUGAUGAUGAUGAUGAUGAUGAUGAUGAUGAUGAUGAUGAUGAUGAUGAUGAUGAUGCGAUCACUGGAACAGGAAUUUUACUGGCCUGCCGUCUCGAAUUCUAA